UGUGUGUGGGUGUGUUGUAGAGAGUGUGUGAAGAAGAACCAGACAAAAGACAGAAGAGGAGAGCGGCUGGUUGGUUUGCGACAGAGAGACAGUUUAGGGAUGUGAAGACAUGAUGAUGAUGAUGAUGAUGAUGGGCUUCCCUCAGCCUCCGCGGGCUCAGGUGAGCCCCGGGCUCCAGACUGAGUGCUAACCAUGCUGCGGCAGUCCGAGCCGACCUCCAGCACCCUGCAGCUGGUUGCCAACGACAUGAGCGGCAUCAUGGAGAAGCUGGACACCCGCGAGUUGGACCUGGGAGACGGGGAGUACGACACGACCGACGCCAACGCCCCAGCGGAGCAUCUGUCCUUCUCUGCGAUCUACAACACGGUGGGCUUCAAGGAGCCCACGGCCAAAGUCUUCCUGUCCUCUCCGAUCACCGCCAAGAUCCUGGAGGUGGAGCGGUUCACCUCGGCCCAGGACCGCUUCAACACCACCACACAGAGGAGCGUCAACAAGUCGAUGCCGGCGGUGUUUAAGAUCGAGCUGAAACACGGCGAGUUCACGUGGCUGGUGAAGAGGAAGGAGAAACACUUCAUGGACCUCCACAGAGAGCUGAGGACGUACAAGACCUUCAUGAGGCUGCCGCUGCCGUCACGCAGUCACACGGUGAAGAGGCAGACGGCGACGAGCGAGGUGAGGCAGAUGCCGAACCUCCCCAGAGGAGGAGGAGACGAGCUGGGCAGAGAGGAGCAGGUUUCCAGUCGCAGGAAACAACUGGAAGAUUACUUGAAUAACCUGCUGAAGAUGCCGAUGUACAGGAACUACCAUGCAACGAUGGAGUUCAUUGAUGUUAGCCAGCUGUCCUUUAUCCACGACCUGGGACCAAAAGGCUUGGAAGGGAUGGUCCAGAAGCGAUCCGGCGGCCAUCGGAUCCCCGGGAUGAACUGCUGCGGUCGCAGUAAGAUGUGCUACCGCUGGUCCAAACGCUGGCUGGUGGUGAAGGACUCGUUCCUGCUGUACAUGAAGCCGGACUCGGGUGCCAUCUCCUUCGUGAUGCUGGUCGACAAGGAGUUCAACAUCAAGAUGGACUCCAAAGACACGGAGACCAAACAUGGCGUCCGCAUCGACAGUCUGUCCAGGUCAUUGGUGCUGAAGUGCAGCAGCUACAGACACGCCCGCUGGUGGGGUCAGUCCAUCGAAGGCUUCGUCCAGAAGCACGGCUCGGCCUUCCUCACCGACCACCGCUUCGGAUCCUUCGCCAGACAGGAGGAGAACAUCCCCGCCAAAUGGUAUGUGAAUGGGAAAACAUACAUGGAGGAUGUGGCCGAUGCUCUUGAAGAAGCCAAAGAGGAAAUAUUCAUCACAGACUGGUGGUUGAGUCCAGAGAUCUUCCUGAAGAGGCCGGUUGUCGAGGGCAACCGCUGGCGUCUGGACUGCAUACUGAAGCGCAAAGCGCAACAAGGAGUGCGGGUCUUUGUGAUGCUGUACAAGGAGGUGGAGUUAGCUCUGGGCAUCAACUCAGGGUACAGCAAGAGGACGCUGCUGCACCUUCACCCCAACAUCAAGGUGAUGCGUCACCCAGACCACGUGUCCUCCGCUGUCUACCUGUGGGCGCAUCACGAGAAGAUCAUCGUCAUCGACCAAUCAGUGGCCUUCGUGGGUGGGAUUGACCUGGCGUACGGUCGCUGGGACGACAGGGAACACCGCUUGACGGACGUUGGGAGUGUUACGCUCUCGCACUUGGAGCAGGCUCAAGCUGCCUCCUCCGGCGCGGCUGGAGCGGCCAACGGCGACGGCUUUUCCCAGAGCAACGGCAAGGGAAUCUUUACCGUGACGGACUCAGCGGACCAGCCCAAGCUGAAAGGUCAGGGGAGGAUGAAGAGGACCAGGUUCAGCAUCAGGAGACACCUGCAGAAACACGGGCUCGCCCAUGCCGACAGCGACAGCGACCUGGAGAAUGGAGACAGAAGCGGCUCAGUGCGCAGUCUUCAUACGGGGGUCGGAGAGUUGUUUGGAAACACGCGGUUCUGGCACGGAAAAGACUACUGCAACUUCGUGCACAAGGACUGGAUUCAACUGGACAAACCGUUCGAUGACUUCAUAGACAGACACACAACUCCCAGAAUGCCUUGGCACGACAUCGCCUCCGUGGUUCAUGGGAAAGCGGCUCGAGAUGUGGCGAGACACUUCAUCCAGCGGUGGAACUUCACCAAGCUUGUGAAGCCAAAGUACCGUUCUCUGUCUUACCCGUGUCUGCUGCCCAAGUCUCACACCACCGCCGGAGAGCAGCGAUACCAAGUCCCCAACUGCAUCCACGCCAAAGUCCAGAUCCUUCGCUCGGCCUCUGAUUGGUCGGCUGGCAUCAAAUACCACGAGGAGUCCAUCCACAACGCCUACGUCCACGCCAUCAAGAACAGCCAACACUUCGUCUACAUCGAGAAUCAGUUCUUCAUCAGCUGUGCAGACAACAGACAUGUUUUCAACAAGAUAGGAGACGCUAUCGCCGAGCGCAUCAUCAGAGCAUACAGGGAGGGAAAAAGGUACCGAGUGUACGUGGUGACUCCUCUGCUGCCAGGCUUCGAAGGAGACAUCAACACCGGAGGAGGCAGCGCCAUCCAGGCCGUCAUGCACUUCAACUACAGGACCAUGAACAGAGGAGACCACUCCAUCAUCUCCCAGCUCAGGAGAGAGAUGGGAGACCAGUGGAUGAACUACAUCUCCAUCACUGGUUUGAGGACUCAUGCUGAGCUGGAGGGCAAACUUGUGACGGAGCUCAUCUAUGUCCACAGCAAGAUGCUCAUCGCUGACGACAACACCGUCAUCAUCGGUUCUGCCAACAUCAACGACCGGAGCAUGCUGGGAAAGCGGGACAGCGAGGUGGCGGUGAUCGUGGAGGACUCGGAGAUGGUGACGGCGGUGAUGGACGGGCAGGAGUACCAGGCUGGAAAAUACGGCCUGCAGCUUCGCCUCGAGUGCUUCAAGACCAUUUUGGGCGCUCACUCAGAUCCCUCCAUCGACGUGUCGGAUCCCAUCAGCGACCACUUCUACAAGGAGGUCUGGAUGGCCACCUGUGCUCGCAACGCCACCAUUUACCAGAAGGUCUUCCGCUGUCUGCCGUCCAGCGAUGUCCGUAACAUCCUGGAGCUGGAGGGCUACCUGGCCAAGCCGGGCCUGGACAAGGAGGAUCCGGCCCGGGCUCACGAGGAGCUGAAGAAGAUCCGCGGCUUCCUGGUCCAGUUUCCUCUUCAGUUCCUGUCCGAGCAGAACCUGCUUCCUCCCAUCGGCUCGAAGGAGGCCAUGGUGCCCAUGGAGGUCUGGACCUGAGACGGGACUGGCCGAUGCAUUCAUGUGUUCACGCACAGCGUAUGGAAGGCUUACAGGUCGACACUCUGGUGCCAUUUUGGAGGAAGAGAAGCUGCACAGCCUCUUUAAAAUCAUGGCUUGAUUGAUCGCGGCUCACAAAAGCAACUAACAGCAGUAUUGGAGUUUUAUGCCCAGAAUCAGGUCUCCCAGGCAGUUUGACUUUUGGCUACAGUGCACUGAAAGCCUUGAACUCAGCACCGUCUGUCUGUCCUCAUCAGCAGCAACCGGUCUGAACUAAAACAACAAACACUGAGUUUAAAAUGAUAGUUUGACAGAGCUCGAGAGAUGACAGCCUAACAUGUGGUUGUAAUAUGCAAAUGUCUGACCUGUUCAGAGUCUCACUGUUCCCUGGGUUGUGAUAUGAAAAAGCUCCACAGUGCAGAAACAAUUUGCAGCUCCACCAUUGGUUGUUUGGGUUACGAGAACAUCGUAUUUUAGGUUCAACUGAGCAGUAAAAUGAUCAAACAGAUUGUAAAAAGCAUCUGGAAGAGAAAACAAAGCUGAAGAGUAAAACUAUUACCCAGACUGCCUUUUGGAAACAUCCCUCAAACACUUUAUGGUUAAACUUAAAUUGAUUUCAACCUGUCUGAUCGUCUGGCUGCUUGUGUUUCUUCACCUGUUGGAUCUAUUUUUAGUGAUGUGGCCACACGGCAAGAUUUCAGGCCAAUGGGACCAACAGCUGGAGACGGGAAACUAAAACCCAAGUUGUAAUAAACCAGUUCUCCUUUAAGUUAGGUUUGGGGUCGCAGCUGCAGCCCGAGAGGCUCUGCCCGUAAGACUGAACCCAGAGAUUAAAACCGCCUGAAUAUGCAGCAUUAGCAACCAAAAUGGCUUCCAAAAUGGCGUCAGCUGUGGUUGUGAACAAAGCCUCUGUACCAGCCGUGCCACUGAAUGCACUGAAUCACAGUUCCACAUGUUUAAAUUGCUCAUAUAUAAACAGCACAUGCAGACACAGUUGGAAAAACAUGGAGACUCUCUGAACUGAUACGUUACAUACAUACAUACAAACACGGAGAGCCGUCGACCAGCAGACUCUACAGUGCCUGACAACCCGGGCCUCACGUUUACAAGACGAGGAGUGAAAACAGGAAGGGCUCACCUGUGAGGCCUGACACGCCUCCUCCUGGCCCCUCGCCACCGAGCUAUCGCCGUGAUCUCCUCCUUCAGACGGCUCGCUCCUUCAUUCUCCAACAACACUAUGCAACGUCCGGGCCGGCGACGAGGCUCUGACUGUUCCGUGUGGAGAGAGGACGCUUCGAAAAGACACUAAAAAGACUGUAGUGAAGACAGCGGUGCAGAGAACAGGAUGAAGAGCCAGAUGGACUCCAGCCAUUUUCUAAAAACUCUCAAAUCUCUGAAGUUCUGCUUUUAAUAUUUAUGUCCAACAGUAAAAUCACAAGUGCCAAAGGUGAGAGACUGUAGCCUGACGCCAGUACAGAACACACAUCCCUCAUACUGUGGAUUCAUUCAGCCUGAAGUGACCUGAUCUUUGCAGUUCCUUUGGUAGCGCUUUAUGAUCAUUUCCUGGAAGUUUCCUGGAAAGAAACGAGGUGAUAAUUACAGCAUAGAGAAUUUUCAUUUGUUCUCAUUUAUUACUGGAAACUUUAUUCUCCAUAUAAUGAAUUAGAAUUGUGCCCUUUAAAAAAAGGUCUGUAUGUUCAGCUGACCUGCUGUGCACUGACUCAAACAGUCUCCUUGUUACACUACAAGUUAUUCAGAAUAAAUAAUUGAAAGUGUGAAUAAUGAUCCUUUCCAGGAAACUGCUCAGGAAUUAUGGACCUAAAUAAAGCGCUAAUGUGAACUAGAUAACCCACAGAUUCAUGCAUGAUGAGUUUAUUAUAAAGCUGCUUUUCCUUCAGUGUCAGGAGGCGGAGCAGCUGACUUUAUAUCAACAGAGAAUAUUGAUUUGUAAAGUUUUGGCGUCUGGAAGAACAAAUGUUAUGACACCUUUAGCUCCGGGAUGUUUUUGUACAUUUAAAGCAUCAUUAGCAGAUGUUUUUUUUUUUUUUUUGGUAAGUUGGAUGCAGCAGAACAAAUUGAAAACACAACUUUGGCAUAUUAUCAUCUUCUCGUGGUGAACAGUGGCCUGUUCACACAUGUAGCAGACAGCAGCAUUAGCAUUAAUUUGGAAUGUUUUAUCUCCGUUUUUGGUCUCCACCAGCACGUGAGAGAAAUAUCUGGCUCUAUAGCAGCUAAAUGUUCCACUGGGAUGUUUUGCUGUACUUUACAGUGAGUUUUUAAAGCUUUUUGUCUGAAAACGUAAUGACGAAAGUGUUCAUUAUGAACCAGAACAGUAAAUGUGCAGUGAAACCUAAACCUAGAGCUCAAAGAUGCUUUAAAAACUGAGGGUGCUGAGAGGACGCGUAGAGUCGCUGAUAAAGUCACUAAGAGCAACACGGUUCACGUUCCUCAUAAUAAUUUGGCUUAUUGUUUUAAAAAGGGGAGCAUUUAUGUUAGACUUACGUUCACCAGGUGUUCAGAAACACGACUCCAGGUGAACGUUGCUUUAUAACAGCUGGAUGUGUGAAUAAACAGCUGUUUGCUAACAAGGUCUCCAUAGCAACUUCAAAGACACGUCAGCUUUGUGUUUACACUUUGUUUCUGCUGCUCCCAGUGGCCAAGAUGUGUCACUGCAGGUUUCAGAUAUUGAUUAGGGCAACUCUUUGUAGCUCCAAUUCAAGUGAGACAGUUAUUUAAAAAGUUAACACACUGAUGUGAAACCUUCGCAUUUUAAACUCCAUGCUGAUGAAAACUUCAAUCUCAAAUGCCUGUAUCCGGAUUUUCCCGUAUUUCUGGAACGCAGCAUCGCCGUUCCUCAGUGUCUUCCUCGUUGGUCUGUAAGUGAUCUGCAUGAUGCUGUUUUGUGCUAUAAAUUUUACAAAAAAAAAAAAGAAAAAAGAUGAGAGGAAACCCGCCGC